AUGUCGUCAAGUUCGGAUGAGAGUUCCAUGAUAUUGGAGGGAGUCUUCCAAAAAUCGCAAAGUACUGGCUCUCCUUUCGGUACAAUUACUAUUCUACAUGUUCUCCCGAGAGCCCUACGCAUUCUGGAAUACUUUGGAAUGGAAUAUGCUAUGACGGCAUCUACAAUUCUCAAUCUGGAUCCUGCUACAAUGCGCGAUAUUUUCCGCAAAGCAUCUGCCCGCUCUAUCGUUAGUGUGGAACAAAAAGUAGCACAACGGCCAGAGUAUGAAAUACCGGACUUGAUUCGAGAUUUGAAAAGCAUCAUCAACUUAUCCUCCAAGAUACAGUACCCAACCCCUUUGCUCAGUACCACCUUGUCAAUCAUUAUAGAAUGGCAGGAUACCCACCCACAGUCUUAUAGCGUUGGUUAUUUAGGGUCUCCCACCCUUAUGCAUUUGCACAAUCGUGAACUGCACAAACCUCAAUCACAACGUAUAGUAGUCGUUGGUCUUGGCAUUAUGGGACUAGGCAUGGCUUUGUCUCUACAGAAAUUGCAUCACGUUACUGGAUGUGAUAUUGACCAGGAAAGACUUGACGAAGCAAAGUCGGCGUCUCUACCGGUGACAACUGACGUGGCUAGUUGCUUGGACAAGACUGAUUGCUUGCUAUUCGUUCUUGAGAAAUCAGAACAGAUUCUUUCUGUGAUUGGAGAGAUUUCAAGCCAGCUUAAAUCAAGACGGAAGGCUCUGGUCAUCAUCGCUCACACAACCAUGUCUGCGUCGUCAUCAAUUGAGAUCAGGGACCGAAUCUUCCAACUUAACAAUACUAUCUCAUAUCUAGAGGCUCCAAUUUCAGGCGGCCCGAAUAGGGCAAAUAGUGGCGAACUUUUGAUAAUCACGGGGGGCGAGCGAGCCGUUGUCGAAGAUAAACUCUCUGUUCUUCAGCAGAUGUCUACCACAAUCUAUUUCGCAGGCAGGAUCGGCAACGCAAGCAAGAUGAAGGCUCUACACCAAAUUAGCGCCGCCAUCAACCAUGCUUCCUCAUUCGAGAUCACUUGCCUGGGACUCCAUUGUGGAAUCAAGAGCGAGAUAUUAUACGACGUCCUUGUAAAGUACGCGUACAAUCAAUACUUAGCAGACAGGCUGCCAAAAUUCCUGGCUGAGGAUUAUACCCCUGACGCUCGACUAUCAAUUUGGUUGAAAGAUUUGGAAAUCGCUCGGAACCAAGUUUCCGAGACUGAGAUUAAUUUGUCCAUUAUUGACAAACUCUUGUUCUUAUUCAAGAAAGCAGCUGAAAAUGGUGAUGUGUCAAACUCUGACAUAUCUAUCGCUCAAUUUUGGAAUUGCAGUUUAGAGGAAGUGUAG